CUCUACAAACAGCGGCUGAUAACUGUCAACCGGUUGUGUAAAAAUUGUGUUUUCCCGUAAAGUGCAGCAAAAUUCAUCCCAAUCAUUUUGAAAUUUUUACCCGAAAUGCAAUAUCUGCUUGCACAAUGACUGAUUAGCAGUUCGCGCGGCGGCAGCGUUGUUUCUACAAAAUGUUUUUCUGAAUUUCAAUUGGAAAUUUACUCAGGAAUUUUCCCCAUAAUCGUGGAGUGCAGUCUUCGGAGUGACAGAUUCCUCCAUAUUUGUCCGAGCUAGAGGCGGAGAAACGAUAACAGCAGAGCAAUGGAGGCCGAAUCAAAUGUCGACGGUGCCAGCGGCGAUAAUGCCAGCAAACCAAGUAAAAUGGAUUGUGUAGCGGACGAGAAGGAUAAGGAGAGUACACAAAAUGACAAUGACAUCCCAAUGAGAGAAAUCGAUAGUAGCAUGAGUGAACAUCCGACAGAAUCAACAUCCAUAACGCAAACCGAUGAAAGCACCGACAUCAAAGAUGAUCUCGACUCAAAUGCCAAACAAAAUGGAGUUGUUCAAAAUAACUGCGUCGCAGAGCCAACGCAAGUAGAUAGUGAAGAAGUAACACCUGGAACGAGUGCAAAUAAUAAAUCGUCGGCGGCCGUUAGACGUCCAGCUGGCGGUAAACCCAAAACAAAUAGAUUUGCCAAAAGAAAUUAUCGAUCCCAAAUUCUAUCCUCUUCGUCUUCCUCAUCAAAUAGAAGUACCCCAGAAUUAAGAAAUAGAUCCGAGAGUACAGAGUCAUCAAAUCAGCCCAAUGGAGAACGAGAGCACCAUUCGGACGAUGAUGAUGAUUUAGAGUGGGACGAGGAUGAUGACGAUGAUAAUGACUCCAGUCUGGAUAGUUUCGAUUACCCACAUAUGGAAGCAUCCGAUUCGGAAGAAUCGAAUGCAUCAAAUGCAAAGAAUAGUGAGGAAUCGAAUAAGGAUUCAAUACUGCUAAAAGGAAAACCGAACUACGAGCGAAAUCUACUUCUUGAAAUCAUAAACCGGGAGCAUGGUCUGUCCGCACAUGGUCUUAAGAGUGUACAUGGUCGAAGCUCGUUAUCAUUCCAAGAGCGCAUAUACGGUGCCCGACAAACAAUCGAAAAGCUGGAUUUACUGCACACUUUGCAAGAGCAUGAUGGCUGCGUGAACAGUUUGAAUUUUAACAAGUCAGGUACGCUUUUAGCAUCCGGUUCCGAUGAUUUGAAUAUUAUCCUAUGGGACUGGGCAUCAAACAAAGUCAAAUUCUCCAUUAGUAGUGGCCACCAUUCGAACGUAUUCCAGACCAAAUUUGUCGAGUUCGGUAGUGGCGGGUCCGACAUAAAUAUAGUUUCGAGUGGUCGCGAUGGCCAAGUACGGUACAUAACCAUAUCACCCGACGGAGGAAGUUCAUUCAAUUCCCGAUCGAGAGUUUUAUUCAAACAUGCUGGAUCGGUACAUAAAAUAUCACCGUCACCACAUAUUCCAUAUGAAGUCUUGACAGCCGGCGAAGACGGACAUGUUUUCCGAUGUGAUUUGCGUGAGAAUCGUGCGGAGAAAGUCUGCGCAGUGAAGGAGAAGAAACGUAAAGUGCCCUUAUAUAGCAUCGCACAUAAUCCUCACGAGCCGCAUUUUUGCGUUUGCGGUCGCGACCAAUUUGUACGUGUUUAUGAUAAACGAAACACAAAAGAGUCACUACAUAUGAUGUGCCCCAAACACUUAGAUAAGAAAUCCUUCGUUUGCCAUAUUACAUGCGCUGUAUAUAAUAGCUCAGGAAGCGAGAUUCUUGCCUCGUAUAGCGACGAGGACAUUUAUUCGUUUAGUACCAGACGUUAUGUUCGGGGAGAAUAUACUCAUCGUUACCGUGGUCAUAAUAAUAAUAAAACAAUCAAAGGCGUUAAUUACUUUGGCUUGAAUUCGGAGUACGUCGUGAGUGGAAGCGAUUGCGGUAAUUUCUUCAUUUGGGAUAAGGAGACAGAGGCAAUUAUGAAUUGGAAGAAGGCUGACUACAUGGGUGUCGUGAACUGCUUGGAGCCACAUCCUUCUUUCCCAGUUCUUGCCACCUCCGGGCUCGAUCAUGACGUCAAAAUUUGGGCACCGAUUGAUCACAGGUAUCCCCCCGCAAUGGAAGGCCUCCAGAGGUGUAUUAAGAGUAAUACGAGACGAACGACUGGCUCCAAUCUCUUCGACGAUCGAACACUGUAUUUCUUUGUCCGGCAAUGUCUAAGGAAUCGCCGCCAAGGCGGCAAUACAGAUUGUCCGACUGUUGAAGAUUUCUCGUCGUCAGACAGCGAUGGGGACAAUAAUGACUGUGAUCCCGAUGAAAAUGAUUUACAAUUUCGAUCGUUUCCUCCAUGCAAUCCGCAAUGAAGUUAAUGCCGAUUGCGAUUUUUUGUGACUAUAAUAGCUAUUACAGUUUUAGUUUAUUUAAACCGGGGGAACCCAAAAUAUUCAUGGUACUACUUGUCAAGUGGAAGACGUCUCCCCUUCUCAAUGCUUAGAAUUUCGAAAAAUAUACGUUUUACAUUAAGAUUUUUUUAGUAAGCUGAAAAUAAUAAAUUGACCUAAAUUGUUUACGCAUAAACUAGUUGGGAGACGUAACUGUGAUUUUGUUAAACAAGUGAGUGAAUAUUGCGAGAAGGAGUACCACGAGUUGAUUUAUUUCGGAAGAUUUUAAAACAUUUAAAAUUUUUGUUUAUUGAAUUAAAUGCAUAUAUAUUUCUCUUUGUUUUGUUAGAAUAGUUUUAAGUUAUUGUCCCCCAAUUUUACGUAUGAAAAUACAAAAGUGUGCUGGGACUUGUCAAUAUAUUGAGGAGGAAGUGGUGAACGAAUAAUAGAAAUCGAGGAAGUGAGAGAAUGAAAAGAAGGAAUAUAUCAUUCUGUAUCAUAAAAAAAUCUAAAAAUAUAUCUAUAGUACUAAUCAAAUGAGUAAUAUACGUUUUUCUGUUUGGUUUUCAUUUUUUAAUCAGAAAAUGUAGAUCGAAUUACAAAUAAAAUGUUUAGGAAUGGAAAUGUAA